AUGAUAGCAGGCGCAAAAAGCGGGAUUUCGGAGUCAGUACGGGAGCUUCUCGACGUCUCGAUGCACCGGAACUCCCACUGGGAGAACCCGUUCAAAUAUGGAUGUCGAGACCCGGAUUGUUCAGAGCGUUCCAAGAAUACCGUCGUGCUGCUUCUUCAUGUGCAUCAUAAGCAUCCAGAGCUAGUCACAUUUGAUGGCAAGGCCCCGGUGGUCGAAUGUGAAUGGUGUAAGAAGCCAUUUUCCCGCCCUGAUGCAUUGGAGGCGCACCGAAAGGUGUGCAAAGCCAUCCCAGAGUACACGCCGCCUGCGAAGAAGCCAAAGCGCGCCCCUCGUGGGGCUCUCAAGGAGCUGAGGGAGGCGAGCAAUCGGCAGCCCGGGGGAUCCGACAAUGGGGCCAAGCUGUACCAUCAGCUAAACGCAGCCGAUGCGCUGCGUCUACCCCGGGUAGACGCAGAGUCCCCAGUGAUUUACCGCGGUGAAGUCCUCUAUCGCUUUGAAGGGUUCGAUAUAUUUUCUCCGACUCGAGCAUCAGCUACGCCUGACUUGUUUACAUCGCGGAAAGGCUUUUCCGUCAAGCCCCGCUCUGCAGCUGUCGAUGACGAUACUAAUGUUACCAUCACUGCACCCGCUACCGACAAUUCGGACGGUACCGAUCAUAAGACCGUCCCUACACACGACGCCCCAACGGGAAUCCUCACAGGCGAUAAACCUACGGAUAUUACCGCGAAAAAGCCUAAGCCCAACGAUAUCGCCAGGAUCUCACAUACCCAGGAUAGCGGCGCCUCCUUCGAGCUAAUUCACUCCGCAGCAUCCGCCGCUACUGGCACUGGUAAAGACCACAAACCAUGGGCACCGAUCAAAUCAAAGGUUCGAUUGGACAUGGCACGCCCACUGCACGACGUUGUCUACAAUCUGAGUUGUUCUAUGACGCUCAUUGACCGCACUAUGGUCGCUUUUACAAGACGAAUUCGGGAAUUGGGUGUUAGUGUAUUUCCGCAAGGACGAUGGGGAGUAUACUAG